CAAGUUGUCUGACUAUGGCGAAAACUUUUUGGAUUGUAUCUUUAUAAGGAAACCUUAAAGGCACACAGACGGCAUGAAAUUCUGGUGAUCUGGACAUAUCUACUAACGUAUCUUGGUGGUUUGUGGAGUCUUUGAUAAACAAGAAAAACGGCUUAUAAAAUCAAAUGCUCAGGUUUGACGCAAAGCAUGUUAAUCUCAGUUGUAUCAGCAAGAUAAUGUCGUGACAAAAAUGUCUUUUCUCUUAUCUGCCGCAGUGCAUGCGUCACACAGCUCCUAUGACUGGAGCUGCCUGUACUUCUGUAAAUGAUCAGCCCCAAACUUGCACUUGUAAAGAGAAGAAGAUCAGCAGAACUCCUCCUCAUGUUAGCCAGAGCAUCUCCUGUACACAGAUGGCUGAGCUGCUGAGUGGGUUCUAAGAGAUUAAGAAAGAGAUGAAUCUCUACUCAACAAUUUGGAGAUUCAUUAUGAUACUACAUUUUUCCAUUAAGGGUUGGCCUUUGCUCCCUGCUGGCUGCCAACAACUCAAUCGCCAUGGCCACGUGACAGUAGAACCAUCUCCGCUAUUCCUCAUCGGCUCAAACCUGACAGUGUACUGCCGAAUCAACAAAUGUGAACUAGGGGACAUAUCCCUGGUGCUAAAUAAUAAGCCUGUGGCACCUGGGAAGAGAGUCAACUGCACCAUGAUGAUAUUCAAUUUGGUCAAUGUCCGGAUACCAAAAUCUACCGUGGUGUGCAAGCUGACGAUGAAGAUUGUUGAUGGAAAGGACCUUCAUGGCGGGCUUCCUCCAGAUAAACCUGAAAAUAUUAUCUGUGAAACAACAAGGAGCUCAGAUUUUACAAACUGCUCAUGGGAGAGAGGACAGGAAACAUAUCUCCCCACUACCUACAACGUUACAGUCAACAGUGAAAAUGGGACCCAGAUACUUUCACAUCAGAAACAGGAGUCUGAGAAAAUCACCAUACCACGAGCGAAGAUAGAUGAAAACACUAAAUACCAGUUGAUUAUCACUGCUUACAACCACUUUGGAGCAUCACAGUCUGAUCCAUUCAUCCUCUGUGUAAAGGAUAUAGUGAUACCAGAGACCCCUCGUCUUAUGCAUAUAGAGUUUGGGAAUGACUCCACAGGAGCCAUGUUGCAUUGGAAAAGCACUGAAUCCUCAGAUCAUCUCAGAUCCUAUGUCAGGCUCCGCACAGAAAAUGGCUUCUGGAGAGCGGUAGAGGGUACAGAGCUCAGCGAGGGUCUGAUACAAAUGGUCGGCCUGAGGCCUCUGACUGAAUAUGAGUUCCAGAUGAGAACAUGUAAGUCAACAUCAGGACUGACAUAUGCCAAGAGACCCAUGUCACCCUCCAGCAGAAGGUCGUUCUGCAGUGAAUGGAGUCCGUCUGUGAGGGGGAGAAGUCCUGGAAAAGGUCUGACUGCAGGUGUGAGGUACAGUAUCUCUCUGUACGCUGUGACCACCAGAGGUGUUAGUGCUCCAUCUUCCGGUCUGGUCUACUCCAAAGAACAGAAGCCAGGAUCCAGUCCCAAAAGACUCUAUAUGAAGUCAUAGCCUAUCCCUAUUUAUAUUCAAACAGGUGUUAAUUUUAAUGGGAUAUCAUAAGCGAUGAGUGAUGGAUC